UCAGCCGUAACAGGGGUACAAGUCCGGCUCGAUCAGUGAAUGGUCUCCAGAGGACAAUACCAGCUUAAUCAUGAGGGUACUGGUGCUGGUCUGUUUCUGCGGUAUCGUUCGCCAUGCUAUCACACAAUGUAUCCAAACCCCAAAUGUCACUCCAAGCCCAACUGAUCCCCCACUUCCGAUCCUGCCCAGUGAAUUCCAAACCCGGGUGGAGGCGAACAUCGUAGACAAGGGUUUUACAGUGACCGCGGUCGAGUAUUUUAGUACACUAGAUAAAAAAGCCAGUGUCCAAAUUAUACGUGACGGGGACAUCACUACACUUCUGUUUGAUUACGCCAACAAUCAAUUGUUCUAUGUUAAAGAUAACCUAUGUCAGAUAGGCAAUCUAUCGUCCGACCCCAACACCAUGCUGUUUGGCGAUGAUAUGAUAAACGGAAUACCACACAUAGUCACAACUAAUGCAGCUCUUCACUUCCUCAAAUCCAACGGCCAGGUAUUUAAGGGUAAUACCACGGUUCGGGGUAUCAGUACCAACCACUGGCAGACUUGUCUACAGUGGCCGAAACUGAAGUCAACGUUCACCCUGGAUUACUAUUUCACAGUGGAUUCAUGGGUGGACCCCGUAGCAUUUCCCAAUAUUCCCGUCAGAGCUGUUGUCACGGGCUCACAGAUACAACCUUCUGGAAAGGCUGUUCACUUCACCCACACAUACGACUACGUUGACUUCCGGCCGGAGAUCAUGGAUGACACGUCUGUAUUUGAGACCCCGAGCGGAGUGAUUUGCUUUGGACGAGUGAGCACCAAGCCUAUCCCAACGUUGUCAACCAAAUUCCACUACCGAACUGAGAUCAUUACGUCAGAGGAGGACAGCAUCGUCACAUCUGACGUGUGGUAUGACGAUGAUUACAAGUUAGUACGGUAUGACUAUAAGAACGCCAGUCCGAUACCGCCUACCUAUACUGUGAACCCUCUGUCAGAAAUACACGACUUCAAUACAGGCAUCAGAUACAUCAGGGACCAAGUAACCGGAAACUGUACAAUUCUACCCAUCACCAACACGUCCUUCGAUUCGUUUGAAGCCCAGGGAACAUUUUCAUCAAGCAAGAGUUAUAUAGUACACAUGAAAAAUCCUCUGCAGCUCUUCUAUUUGGAUAACUCAUAUACCUAUGUUGGAAUGAGGAAAGCCCGCGGAGUUAUGUGCAAUGUAUUCUCAACCUUUCGUACAGACUUCAUGCUUGCUGGUAUGAGAACCAACGUCACAUUUGAAUACUACUUUCUACCGGAUACGUAUACGGAACACCCUGACGAUGGCAGUACUAACCCUGUCGACAUUCCCUUUAUGUUAAUAAUCAACGUUUUGUCCUUUGGAGAGGCACUUCCAGACUUCACUAUAAGGUACAACUUUCUCGACUUUGAUGAAGGCCAUCCAGAUAUGUCCGUAUUUGACGUAACGGAGUGUUACUCCAACCAAGCUAGUCUCCAGUUCAAGGUCAGAUUUCCAGGCUCCUACAAUCCGUAUACAGACUUACAGAUUCGACAGGGAGCUCAAACCUUAUUUGCCAUCAGCGCAAACGUGUCAAACAUUCGGAUCCAGAAUGUCCAACUGCAGAAUGACAACUCUAAUGUUUAUGUUACCGCUACUCUGCUAGAUAGAUCGCCGCCAUCUUCUCAGUUUACUUUGGUGGCGAGGAAGUCUAUAGAACAGAAGGGCGACCAGACAUAUGGGUACGUAGCCAGUGUGAAGGACUGUGCUCGGUACUGUAUCAACAACGUCAACUUUGUGUGUAACAGUUACGAAUGGUGCAGUGGUGACAACGACAAUAACUGUCGUCUCAGCAAGCGUCACAUCGGGGACGGAUCAGUCCUACAGGAGAGCACGUGCGACCAUUAUUCUAGAACGGUGACAGGGCCAGUUGUGGAGGAGAUCGACGUUUAUCGUGCUUAUAAUAAUUUACGCCAAGCUGUGUACAGCAAUAUGUUGCAGCUACCAGCAUACGAGGUAGACAUGACGACCACAUAUUACAAUGCAAUAGAUGUUGAGAUUAUAUUUGGAUGGUUAUCGCCUGAUCCUUUCCCCGCUGUGGAUAGCCAAUUUUCAUAUUUACUGGAAAUUGUUGUCCCGAAUGUGAAGAUGGCAUAUGAAGCACACAUUUGGUACGACUAUACUUAUAAACUGGUGCGAUAUGACAUGGCUACUUCUCCGCCUGGUGGUAAAUUCAACACUGGAAACCCGAUGACGUACAUAAACGACUUCAACACAGGCCUGGCCUACACUAUAGACAAGACAUUCGGGAACUGUAGCAUAACGCCAGUCGGAAACAGUACCUUCGAUUCCAACCCUAACAGGAAUGAUGCUCUCAAAAAUGGCGCCUAUGUCGUUCAGAUGAAGAAUCCGUUGGAAUUCUUUGAUGUUGACAACGAGUAUAAAUAUGCUGGACAGAAAACCAUACGGGGGAUUCUGUGUAUAGUUUUUGAGACCAUCACUCAGGAAUUCAAACUACAGGGUGUGGCUACAAAAUUUACAAGUCGUCUGCAGUUCUACUUUGCUUAUGACGAUUGGAAGGUGACACCAUCUGGCAGUAAUAUUCCCGCCCAAUCACAGCCAGUACGUAUGGACGUCUCCUCUGAGGAGAUCGGCUUGUUCCUUACCUACAACUUGUUCGACUUUAACAUACAGGACCCUGACCUGACAAACUUUGACAUCACUCCCUGUUUUGGAGGGACAGAGAAACGAGAUUUCUUAAUCCGAUUUCCUGGUCAAUAUCAUCCCGUUCUAGAUGCUAAUGAGAAGCUUUUUCUAAAGACGGCACAGACCCAGCUAGCUAAGGCGUCCAUGUCAUCACCCAUAAGGUUCCAACGGACAGAGUUGGUGUACGACAAUAACUAUGUACGCCUCAUAGGGACUGUUGUCAACGUGGCUCCUUUCAUUGUUGAUUUCACUAAGACCUCAUCAAAGUCAAACCCUCAUAAGAGUGAUGCAAAAUAUAAUCAGGUCAAGUCUGCAAGUGAUUGUGCCACUAUGUGCCGAGCAGAGAGUAAUUUCCCUUGUGAGAGUUUUGACUACUGCAGCGCCACCUCAACCUGUCUUCUCAGCAGGGAGCACGUGGACGAUGGUGCUAUACUCACAUCCAGUACAAUGUGUGAUCACUACUCACGCACCGUGAAUAGUACAGAUAGUGCUCAGCCAGGUAUAGACGCCAUUAUGAUCAAGUUGAACGACGCCGUAUACAAGGGACUUUUCCAGAUACCUAUACCGUACGGCGGAAAUACAACGCUUUUCAUCGCUGACAAAAUCAGGGACAAUUUGGCGAGGGCGAAUCGAGAUCCAACGUCAGGCCAGGUUCUCAGUCACUUUAAUGUAACGAAGAACAACAUCCUGGCCCUGUCACACAGUGGCUACGUGGCUGGGAUAUCUGUGGAUGAGUGUGCCGACGCCUGCCUGACGGAGAUGUCCUACGACUGUCUUUCGUUUGAUUUUUGCUACAAGAGUGGUGACUGUCUGCUGUAUAAGGUACAUCCUGACGCCCAGCCAGCUAACCUGACACAUCACGACUUCUGUGACCUGUACUCACGUACCUACCUGGACAAGUAUACGCCCAAUCCCGGUAUGGUGGUCUCCGUAACGGCCGAUAAAGAGAUCGACAUGGUCAAUUCCGACAACCUGUGUGCCAAACAGUGCUCCCAGUACGACGGAUUUCCCUGCAAGUCAUUCGAGUAUUGCUUCAAUACCAAGACGUGUCGCCUCAUGAAGAAGCAUCGACUUGACCUUCCCGCCAAUUCCCUUGUUGCCAGCCCGACAUGUUCGUUUUACACAAGAAACUACAUAGACGACUUUCAAAAGAAGUCUCGAUCCAGCAUGACGUUUGGUCCGACACUGGACUACACAGAUGUAACAGUGGACGACUGUGCCAAGCUUUGUGUGACGACAGAAUCAUCCAACUGUCAGACAUUCGCCUUCUGUAACAAAACGUCACUGUGUCGACUGACUAGUAACCGGCCACUUCAGAAAGGAAUUCAGGUCACACAUGACGUGUGCGACCUUUACAUAAGGAAGUACGUCCCUAUCAGUGGGUCCCAGGCUAACACCGGGGCGUCUCCGGCAUCAGGCAGUAAUAAUUCAAACACCGGCUAUAGUGCAGGCGCAAUGGCCGGUGUAGGUAUUGGGCUAUUCCUUCCUGGACUUGUGAUAGGAGCUGUCAUAGCAUUCUACUUCCGGCGGAAACAAGACCUGUCUAUGGAAGAGAUGGAUAUGCAGCAGAUCGUCAAAGACUGAUGUGUUGUUUAGACUGAAGCUGUUUAUAAUGUGUUGUUUAAGCGGAAGUUGUUUACGGUGUGUUGUUUAGACAAGUGUUGUUUAUGAUGUGAUGUUUAGGCGGAAGUUCCCAAUAGGGUACGUACCACAUUGAUACAGACAUAAUUGUAACAUGAUUAAUAUAUUUGCAUAUAUAUAAAUCAAAUUGAUAUAAUUAGAAUUUUCAAAUCUGUAUGAAACUUUGACAAAAAAGACUGUCAGGUCUUUAAGUUAAGAUAUGUAUGUCUGUGUAUGAUCGCAAGAAAGAAAGAACGUUGAACGAGAUACAAAACGUAUGCCAGAAUGAAAUAUUCGUGUAAAAGUUGUGUUUAAAGUAUAUAAAUGCAAGUUAUCUACAUGUACAUUAUUGUAAAAUGUGUAUUAGUAUUGCGUCGAAUUAGUGGUAUCAUAUAUAUGUAUCGAACAUUUUAAGUUAGCAACAAAGAUAGGUUUUUAGAACAUUUGAUUUUCACGUUAUAUGUUUUUUUUGUAUUAUUUUGGAGGUUUGGAGGUUUGAAUUUAACAUAACAUGUAUCUGAACAAAGUUAUGUUGGUAUUCUAGUCGUUUAUACUUCCAUUGCAAUGUUCGCCAUUAUAAAAUUUGCAAUUUGAAAUUCUUUUUGACAACACAACCAUAUAACUAAUCUAAGUUUCUGCCUAUAACAACUUAACCCAAUUGGGUUUGUAUUGUCAGUGUCCAUUGUAAAGUGGAGCUGCCGACAAGAAAUUGUUGCAAGUAAAACUACAUUUACGAAGAGUUUUAGUUCUCUGUACAUACCAAUAUUUUACCACGAUCAUGUUGUAAUAACUAACCUCACAGACCAUGGAAGUGUGCAAUGUUCUUUUUCUUCUAAUCUCAUUGUUAAAGUGCAAUCAUUUCCAUGUAUCAGUUGUAUUUGUUUAACGAAUAAAAGUGUAAGAACGUCGA